AUGCCUAAUGGGAAGGGGUGGGAAGACUGGACGGACGAUGUCUGGACAAUAUUUGAUAUAACAUCGCCCAAGCCCGGGAAUACCGUUUUACCAGUUCCCUCCAAAAUCAGGGCACGACUUCACUCAAUGGGCAUCCAACUUGACGUACAAAAUACGCGGCAAGCUUGCUCGACCUUCAACUUGCUUGUUGAAGAAGGAAGAAAUGUCGCUGCAGCCCUUCUACCGAUUAAAUAG